AUGCAGCACUCCCAAUUGGCCCCGCUGCCUAGUAAUGUGCCUUUUCGCAUCGUCUCUGAAACCAUCGGCCAAGGAGCAUAUGCUUGUAUCAAAAAGGCUGCUCCGCUUGAUGCCGACAACCCCGUCUUUGCUGUCAAGUACAUUCACAAGGAUUACGCUGCCCGUCAUGGCAAGAUCAGUGCCCGCCAGUUAGCACUAGAAGUGACAGUCCACCGACAUGUCACCGGUCAUAACAAUAUUAUUGAUUUCUAUCAAACCGGCGAGGAUGACACCUGGCGAUGGAUUGCAAUGGAGUUGGCUGAAGGGGGUGACUUGUUCGACAAAAUCGAGGCAGACGAGGGUGUCGGAGAAGACAUUGCGCAUGUGUACUUUUCCCAGCUCAUCAGUGCUGUCAGCUUCAUGCACUCCAAAGGCGUUGGCCACCGAGACAUCAAACCUGAAAACAUACUGUUGACGAGUGAUGGCAAUCUGAAAAUUGCUGACUUUGGGCUCGCAACGCUGUUCGAGUACAAAGGGACCAAGAAGUUGUCAACGACCUUUUGUGGUAGUCCUCCCUAUAUUGCGCCUGAGGUGAUUGCGUGCAGUACUCGGGGUCAGACAAAGGGAUCAGGAUAUCAUCCCGAUCUGGUCGACAUAUGGUCAUGUGGCAUUGUCCUCUUCGUCCUCUUGGCGGGUAAUACGCCUUGGGAUAGCCCUACAGAUGAUAGUUACGAGUUUCACGAGUACAUCACUACCAAUGCACGACCGUCUGACGAGUUAUGGCAGAAGCUUCCUGCCGCCACGCUAUCUCUCCUGCGAGGCAUGUUGACAGUCGAUCCGAGGGGCCGCUUCUCACUGGAAGAUGUGCGACGGCAUCCCUGGUACACCCGAUCCAACAGAUACCUGUCACCAGACGGCACAAAGCUGAAAGAUCCUGUCAAUCUCGCCACGUCCAUGUUUGAAUCAUUGCAUAUCGACUUUAGUCAGGAUCCCUUUCCUCAGAAACGGCCUGGUGCGAGCCGAAGUGAUCCAAUGGAUCUUGAGUUGAAUGUGCAUGGCCCAGGUUCUUUCGGAGGCAUGUCCUCAACGCAGCCAGAACUGGUUGCGAACGUCAUGGUGAUGGAUUGGCAUGUACCGCAUGUGGCUGGGCGAUCUGGUGCAACUCAACCAAUAACCAAACCAUUUUCAUCUCAAGAUAUGGAGCUCUCGGCUCAUUUGGAGGACGAGCCUUCAAUGUCCCAAUUCUCCCAAAAGCCGACCGUGCCUCUGAGUCGCACUCAAAAUGCAAAGCGCUUCCAAGAUAUCAUUCCGCCCCGCUCACUGACUCGCUUCUAUUCCGCUUGGGAGUUGAAGUUGCUGGUGCCCUUGGUCUGCGAGGCGUUUCAUCGGCUGGGGGUACCCGUUCCCUCCGUGCCUGGAGUUACCUCAAGUGACGUUUCCGCUACCAUUCGCGUUGUGACUAAAGAUGGUCGCGGAUGCCCUCUCCAUGGCAAAGUCGUCAUUGAGUGUGUCUCGGAAGGCCUUUUCGAAUUGGAAUUCUUGAAGAUCAAGGGCGAUCCAUUGGAGUGGCGUCGAUUCUUCAAGAAGGUGGCCAUCCUCUGCAAGGACGCAGUCUUUAAACCGGACGAAUAA